CUACUAUUAUUCAUGUAGAUCAUAAAUAUAAGACAAGUAAAUUCUGUAGUCCUUCCCUUCCUUCUUUGAUGCUCUUCUUUUCCUUUCUCCUCUCCCUUUUCUUCUUCAUUCUUUUCACUCUAACUUGAAAAGCCCUUUUAAUACAACAAGUGCAUAGUAGCUGUGCAAACUUUGAGAAAGAUAUGAGUGCUUCAAAGUUCAUAAAAUGUGUAACUGUAGGCGAUGGUGCUGUUGGCAAGACUUGCAUGCUCAUUUGUUACACUAGUAACAAGUUCCCUACUGACUAUAUUCCAACUGUGUUUGACAAUUUUAGUGCCAAUGUAGCUGUGGAUGGGAGCAUUGUCAAUUUGGGAUUGUGGGAUACUGCAGGUCAAGAGGAUUAUAGCAGGCUGAGACCACUAAGCUAUAGGGGUGCAGACAUUUUUGUAUUAGCUUUCUCCUUAAUCAGCAGGGCCAGCUAUGAAAAUGUUCUAAAAAAGUGGAUGCCUGAACUUCGUCGUUUUGCACCCAAUGUCCCAAUUGUGCUUGUUGGAACUAAAUUAGAUCUUCGAGAAGAUAAUCGAUAUCUAGCAGACCAUAUGGGCUCAAAUAUUAUAACACCUGCCCAAGGGGAAGAGCUAAGAAAACAAAUUGGUGCAGCAGCUUAUAUAGAGUGCAGCUCAAAAACUCAACAGAAUGUGAAAGCUGUUUUUGACACUGCAAUCAAGGUUGUGCUUCAGCCUCCUAGGAGGAAGGAGGUGGCGAGGAAGAAAAGGCGUAGAAGCACUGGUUGUUCAAUUGUCAGGGGGAUCGUCUGUGGAGGCUGUGUUGUAUAGAAAAGUUUAGGAUUGACGCUCAUGACAUGUAUCCUUUCAAACAACUACUGACGUGAGUUCUUGCCAGUUGUUCUUUUUGUGGUACUACGUAAAGGCUGGAGCAUGCAGUAUUAUGAUAUGGCUGAAGAAUAUUGUAUUGUAUUACCUGUUUUGUACCACAAACUACUCGUGGAUUAGCAGAGGGAAUUCUUGAUUUCCUCAGGUCAUGUAUUUUGAUUAUGUUGGUUUUGUGGAUACAUUGUGUUUGCUUUUUACUAACGGUUAGAUGACUGUAAACUUGGUAAAAGGAAUGAUCAUCUGCAAACUUUACCCCCAAA